GAUCGGUCCUCCGUAGAUUCUUGGUCUUCCAGGACAUUAAAAUGUUUAAAAGAAGGCAGCUGCAUUCUCCAACAGGAAAAGUCCAGUCGCCUCCAGUUAAACCAGGAGCUUUUUGUUGGACAGGAAACCAGUUUGGACCGACAGACUCCAGGUUUCAAACGAAUCGCAGGCGUCACAGAAAACCUCUCAGUUGGUCAAAAGGUGAAAAUGGUUGCGUCACUUCCUGUUUGACGGAGCAGAGCUCCUGACCUCCGCUGACCCCUGAGGUGAGCCGUCUGAUUGCCUCGUUAUGGGGUAAAUAUUGCCGCAGUGACGGCAGAGCCGCUCCUGCUGGGUAUAAACGCUGCGGACGGAGCCUCAGCGUCCAGCAGGCCGCCGCAGCUCCGCCGACCUCACAGCCUUCAGCCUCCACCGCAUCCGAGUCGGUCAGCACCAUGGUCAACGCCACCAUGCUGCUGCUCAGCGCCUCCUGCUGGCUGCUGGUGGCGCUGGGCAGCUGCGACGAGCGACUAGAGGAGCGAUCGCCCGAGUACGACGUCAUCAAGACCGAAGAGGAGAAGGAGCUGAUCGAGGCUCUGCAGGAAGUCCUGGAGAAGCUCAAGAACAAACAGCUGCCGUCGUCGGAGAAGAAGCUCGGCUGGCUUCCACCUUGCGUCGCCGGUGAGCAGUGUGCGGUGCGUAAAGGAGCGAGGAUCGGGAAGCUGUGUGGAUGUCCCAGAGGAACGUUGUGCAACUUCAGCAUCCUGCAGUGUGCAUAGAGCUCAGAGACACGCUGUACAAACCAAACAAUAAAGUUUUAAAAACUUUUCAUGCUUGUUUGUUUUUAAGCUAACACAGUUUUAAAGUUUCAACUUU